AUGACCUUUAAUUACCUAAUAAGGUGCUCCCAGUCCCAGAAUGAGAUUUGGGGAGGACAAUUGGCUCUUCAAUCUCGAGACAAAUCCAGAAGUCCUUUCACUCACAUAACAUUUGGAACCAUGAGGCAAGCUUUGAUUUUAGCAUACGUUAUGAUGACUUGGCAGGACGAAGUAGAUCUCCUUCUAUCUGGCAGGCAGAGCUUGGCUGGAAAAUUCACUUGGUCUGAGUGCCUCUAG